CGCUGCAAAGCGCCAUCCGCUCGAGCUGUUCGUUACGUCCCACCCUCAUCCGUGGUAUCAAGGUCCACUCGAGCAAGCCUUUACCUCUCUGCUGGACUAGGGAGAAAGCUGUAGGAAAAUGGCGUCCCGCCGGAACGCUCUGUGGGACCAAGGUCACGACGAGGCCGUACAGGUCAACCAGAGAGCCCUCAUUGACAAGGUGCUCGCUCGCUACUCUGGGGAAUUUACGGUCUUCCGCGAACUGCUGCAGAACUCGGACGACGCGCAGUCGAAGGCGGUAGAAAUACACUUUGAGACGCAGGAGUACCUCUCAGCCAGGUCCGGCGAAGGCUCUAAAGCUGCAUCAACCUCAAAUCUCGACUCUGGGGACUUGCCCGACUUGAAGAAGAUACAGGUACACCAAUGGACGUUCAAAAACAACGGCAUUCUGUUCCGUAAUGAGGACUGGGAUCGGCUGAAGAAAAUCGCGGAGGGAAACCCUGACGAAGACAAGAUCGGUGCAUUCGGUGUAGGCUUUUACAGCUUGUUCUCCGUCACCGAGGAGCCUUUCGUCACUUCAGGAAACAAGUGGAUGGGCUUUCACUGGAAUAAGGACCAGCUUCUCGCUCGAAGAGGAGAGACCGAGUCUACUGACGCAGAAGCUGAGAAAUGGACGUCCUUUGAGAUGCCUCUGCGUGAAGCUGGUCCCAUCCCGGUCGCCUUCGACUUCACGCGUUUUCUGGCUUCCUCAAUCACCUUCAUGACGACGCUUGCCGAAAUCAGCGUAUAUCUCGACGGCAAGCGCCUCGUACGACUGACGAAGGGCAACAGCUUGCCUAAGCCAUCGACCUUCCCUCGCUACAUGACGACGCGAGGACCUGCGAAGAUCAUGAGUGCGAAGCAGUUGCGCUCGACAUCUGUCAGUAUCAAGGCCGAAGUCAUGCGUUGGGUGUACACGUCUGGGACGGAGAAGCCGCCGCUUCGCCCUCCCGUUGUCAAGAAAGAGGAAAAGCCGCAAGGCUUUUUCAAGUCUCUGUUUUCUUUUGCUGCUGCAACUGCCUCGACCCCGCAAAUUACUCCACAGCAGCCACCUCCACCGCCUCCAAUCAGGAAGGAUCCGAGGAAGGUGGAGGAGACGAGCGUGAACUUGUCGAUCUUCACUAUGGAUAUGGACGUCACCCUCGAUAGGAAGAUGACUGCGGAGCUGUACCGCUCGAUGCAGAAGAACCCGCCGAAGGCUGUCAAGUACAGCUUGAUCUACACCGCGAAAGACGAGUACGACGCCAGCAAGAAGGAGGACGAGCAGGUUGCAUCGGAACUGGGGAGCAUCUUUCAAGGUUUAAGAGCGGAUCUCGACGGGCAGGGUACCACCAAGCUAUUCAUUGGACAUGCAACGGCGCAGACGACGGGCUUGGGUGGGCAUAUGGCGUCGAGGUUCAUUCCGACGGUGGAGCGAGAGACGAUUGAUUUAGCAGAUCGCAAUGUUGCGGUAUGGAACCGGGAGCUGCUGCAUAUGGGUGGUAUAUUGGCCCGAGCGGCGUACGAGGUCGAGCUAGGUGGCAUCCGGGAGCUCUGGCAAGGCGCUGGACCCUCCCCAAGCGACGACCUGAAGACCUGGUUGACCGCCCGCGCCCUCCACGCCCUCAAGUUCUUCACCUUCCACCAAUCUACGCCCUCCCACGCCGUCUCCAGCCUCAUCGAGGCCGGCUUCUUCGGCUGCUCCCCCGCCAAGAACUUCCCCCUUCUCUCCACCAGCGGCGUCCGCGCUGACUGCUCCGUCCGCAUGCCGCACGCCUCGUACGCUGCCUUCCUCAAGCAGCUGCCCACGGUCCCUGAUGCUAUUGUCGACGGCGCGCCCGCGAUGGUGGGCGCACUGGCUGCUCGUGGGAUCAUACGCGAUGUCACGUUCGACGAUGUGCUCGCUGAGCUCGCCGCGCGACCGCUGCCCGAGGCGGAGAUGGUCGCAUGCAUGCGGUGGUGGGCGGAUGCGAGCAAGCAGCUCGAUCGGGGACGGUUUGAGAGCGUGCGUGGGCAGCUUUUGGGCGCGGCGGUGCUCAUCUUGGGGAGCGGGACGGAGGGGGAAAGGAUCCUGCCGCUCAGCACAAUUGAGACGUAUGCAACGCCGCGGACAGUGAUUCUACCAGAAGGCCCGCUGCCGCCGCAUCUUCUGCCUGCGGAGGUCAGCAAGCAGUUUGAGCCGCUGGUUCUGGCCUCUGCCUUCGGGUGGACGGAGCUGUCGACGGUCGAGUGGCUAGAACAUCUGUGCAGCAAUGCGGUUGUGGGGAAGGACGCGGCGUACGACUUGACAGCGAACCCGGAGUGGGCGGAGCGGGUGCUCACAACGUUGGCACGGGCGUGGCCUGCGCUCUCGACAGCGCUGAAGGGCGAGGCCUUGGCGCUCUUGCGCGAUCGGACGUGCGUUCCUACCAGCGCGGGCCUGCAGAAGCCUCAGCAGGCGUAUUUUGCGAGCGCAGAUAUCUUCCAUGAUCUGCCGGUUGUGAGCUUGCCGUCGGGCACGGCGGUGCGCGGCAAUCUCGCAAAGUUGCUCCAGGACGUCGGCGUGCGCAAGCAUGUUGAGCUGCAGCUCAUCUUCGAUCGCAUGGUCAAGACCAACCAAUGGACUAUUCCCGAGCUCGUGAAGUACUUUGCAUCGGUGCAGUCAACCUUAUCACCAGAAGAGAUGCGGAAGCUGGUCUCGACCAAGGCAUUCUUCGCUGAAGGUCAGGUAGAGAAGGAAGAUGGCAAGCCAACACGGUAUCUAGCGAAGGACUUGUACGAACCUUUGGACACAUUCCGGCAACUUGGACUGCCAGUCAUCGAUUGGGGAACGCAGGUCAAGUGGAGGAGUAAUUCGGAGGAAGCUCAGUUCUUGUUCAAGCUGGGCCUUCGAAGAUUCCCGCCUUUAGCUACGCUCGUCGGUCUUUGUGCGAGUCCUGACGAGAAGAUCCGCGAGAACGCCAUGAAGUACUUGCUGGCCCAGUUCGACCAGCGGUACAGCAAAGAGUACCAGCCGUUCGACUUCCGGGACAUUGCCUUCAUUCCCGCCAUGAAGGGUACCAUGGAGAAGCCCAUCUACUGCUUGGUGACGCCCAAAGAGGUUCACGCGAACGUCGAGUGGAUUGUCUUCGGCUACACCGUCGUCGAUCCCCGCGCACCGAAGGACAUUGUCACGAAGUUGAAGAUCCAGAAGCAGCCGCCUACCGGUCUACUCGUGGAUCAGCUCAGGAGAAAUCCUCCGAAAGACGAGGAACAAGCGAAGGUGUGGUUCUCGCUGCUGGCAACUCGUAUAGCGGACUUCACCAACGCCGAGCUAGUGGCCCUCUCCGCCCUGAACAUGGUACCCGUGCGCGACAAGGAAACAUCCGUCCUCCGUCACCUCCCUCCCACGCACUGCUUCUUCGGCGGCCAGUCGAAGGGGCAGCUGCACUCCAAGCUCUUCGUCUUCGUCGACUUCGGCUCAGCGGCGAAUGGCUUCCUCAGCGCGGUCGGCACGAAGCAGGAGCCGACCGUUGAGCAAAUUGCGCAGAUCCUUCUCGCCGACCCGUACAAGUUCUACCAGCUCUCGGAAGGGCCGCAAAACUUCCUGAACGAGCUGCGUAACAUUGCGGUGAACAGCGCGCUGGUCUCGUCGACAACUAUGGCGCGGUUGAAGCGCGGGAAUGUCUUGCUUGGCAUACAGCGGAAACCGAAGCAAGCGACGAGAGAGGAGGCAGAGCUGGACGACGAGGACGACUGGGAGCUGCAGUACGACCUCAAGCGACCGGAGGAGAUUGUGGUUGCGGACGACUCGAUCGCGCUGCAAAUCUUUGGCGACAAGUUGUUCACUGCACCGCAGGAGGAUAUUCUAGAGAAAUUCUACGCUAAUCUUGGUUCACGUCGCCUGAGCUCCAUUGUCAAGGAGGACUUCAACUUCGGCGGCGAGGUCGCCAACCAUAAGCCCGCACAGGCCAUCAAGGCACUUGUUCUCGAACGCCUGCCACUCUUCCUGCACGAUCACAGUCAUGCACGAACGAUGCGCGUACAGUUGACCGCUGACAACUUCAUCGUGCGCUCCUUCGGCACGCUCGCGGUGACGAAGACGCUCAACUUCGGACGGCUGCGACUGUCGAAUCGGCAAGAUGCGAGCGCAGUAGCGAGACGAAAUGGGUCUCAGGUUGAGCUCUGGGUGGCGACUAAUGCCCAGAUCGACAUGUAUGAGGUUGCGACUUCGCUGAAUCGCAUCCUGUUCGAGUCUCCGAGAGCACAUGAUGCGCUGCUAUUCAUGACCAUUCUGUCCACUGACUUGAAGUCGCUGAAGCGGCGUGGGUACAACGUGGACAGGAUCUUGCGGCAGAAGAAGGCAGAUCAUGAAGCGAGGGAAGCUCAACAGAAAGCGGCGACUCUUCUGUCCGCGCGGCAGAGGCAGGAAGAAGAAAACACGCCCUCCGUGCCGGGCGGAUUCGCACCGCCUGCACCGCCGAAGGACGCUAAGCCACCUAUAUCCCAGCCUCCGCUCCCGAUAGCGGCGCGGGACUCGACGGACUCGUCUGCGACUGCGGUAGAGAAGGCCCCGUCGAUCAUGGAUUCUGUGACGGAAUCUCUCUCGCGGCCUCAGUCGACACUGCAGAAGUGGAAGAACAAGUUCGGCGCACUGCCCACGCCCACGCCCGGGCCAUCUAUGGGCGGCACCAUGACACCACAGCCUCAACCACAAGGGCCGGCGGUCACGCCCUGGUCCAAUAUCGACCGCAACGUCGACAUUGCGAUGCAAGGGUGCCGCGCGGAGUCAGCGAAUGUGAUUAAGAACGGGCAGGAGCAUAUGGAGCGCGUGCGGGAGGCGCUGAAUGAGGGCUACUGCGAUAUCUCGAACCAGGUUGGCGACUUGACGCAGCUGGGGACUAUAAGCUCUUUCAGGGUCUACGCGACGCCAGACGUACCCGACAAGCCUACCUUCCUGGAGAGGAAGCGCGAUGCGCUGAAUCGGUUCAUUGGGGUGAUCAUGCCUCUCGCGCAUGUCUACCAACUGCCGCUUUCGAGCUUGCACUUGUUCAUGGACAUGUCGGGAGGUGUCAUUGCGUUCAAUCGGAACGGCAGUAUCUUCCUCAACUUGCGGUACUAUGAGGCUUGGCACGACCAGGAGGUCCGUCAAGGAAAGCUUGCUCAAGCGUUCGUGUCGAACUACUUCACGCUUGCGCAUGAGAUCGCGCACAACCUUGUACAUCCUCACAACGCAGAGCACGAAUUCUACUUCUCUGCGAUCUGCGAAAAGUACAUGGUAUCUUUCAGUCAGUUGCUGGCCCGUAGUGGUGCAUGAUGGACAUGUAUUGUAGACUUGCUUGUACUUGCAUGGAUUUAGUCUGGAACAGCCUCAUUUACCACAUCCCUUAGCGUCUAACGGUGAUCAUUGCGGAUCGCACUUGAUAUCCUUGCUCGUGGUGAUAAGGGCUGCAUGAUACGUCGAGGAGCAGUGGACGUCUGCGUCGAGACAGGGAUGAGCAC